AUGUCCAACUUCCAGCAGUACGCCGCCACGGCUCAGAACCUGUACAACCAGUACAAGGCUGGCCACGAUGCCCCCGGUGGCUCGAACAACUAUGGACAGUCCGGCGCUGGCGCUGGCGGCGUGAACGACAUCAUCACCAAGAACCUCUCGGCAAUGCUUGUCCCCGACUCGCAACCGCAGCAGCAGACCCAGUCGCGUGGUCUGGGCUCCUUCGUUAGCGGUCUUAGUGGACUCACGAGCGCCGCCACUCUCGACGAGAACAAGGUCAACGAGGCCCACAAUCGUGCCUACAACCAGCAGGGUGGCGGUAUGUCUGACCAGGACGCCGGUGCUGCUGCUGGUAAGGAGGUCUUCGACCGCAUUUUCGGCAGCAGCGGCAACAAUGGCAACCUUGCGAACGACGUUACCGACCUGUACGGCACCGCCGCGAAGGAGCAGACUGGGCAGCAGUCGCGAGGUCUCGGCUCGAGCCUCGGAUCGCUCCUCGGUGGCGCUGGCCAAGCACAGCCCCCAAGACAAAAGGACACGUUCGAGAAGAUCGUGGACCUGAUCUCGCGUGAAGUCGCCAAGGGCAACAACCAGGCCGACGUUGCUGCUGCCGCCACGCAGACAUUCACGCAGCUGAUGAUCAAGAAAAAGCUCUAUUCCCCUGCUCCCCAGGAGACGCCCCAGGACCACAUGGGCAGCUUCCUCGGCGCGAUGGGUAUCGGCGGCAACAAGCCUACCAACAACACCAGCAGCAGCAGUGGCGGCGUCGGUGGUCUUGCCGCAUCGUUCCUCGGUGGUGGCAACCAUGGCAACCAGCAGCAGCAGCAAGGUCAGCAGCACGGAAGCGGAUUGUCGGGCAUGCUGGCUGGCGUCCUUGGCGGUGGCAGCAAGCCCCAGCAGACCUCUGGUCAAGGCGGCUACGCCAGCAAUGGCAACUGCGGCCAGAGCCAGUCUGGCAACAGCUACGGCCAGAACUCGUCCAACAACAACUACGGCUCGAACCACUCCAGCAACAGCUAUGGCCAGAACCAGCCCAACAACAGCUAUGGUCAGAACCAGUCCAGCGGCGGCUACGGACAGUCGCAGUCCGGAGGAUACGGCCAGUCUCAGUCGGGAGGAUACGGCCAGUCUCAGUCGGGAGGCUACGGCCAGUCCGGCAGCUACAGCCAGAACCAGUCCGGAGGCUCUGGCGGCUACGGUCAGGACCACGGCUCUGGAAGCUAUGGCCAGAACCAGGGCUCCGGAAGCUACGGUCAAAACCAGUCUGGAGGCUACGGACAGAACCAGUCUAGUAGCCACGGCCAGAGCCAGAACUCGUACGGCGGCUACGGCGGCACCCAGUCUGGUCAGCAGCACCAGUCAGGCCAGCAGCAGCACCAGUCAAGCGGUCUCGACACGGCGAUGAAGCUCGCCGGGCAGUUCCUCAACAAGCCCUCGAACAGCCAGCAGCAGUCUGGUUCGUACGGUGCCUCAAGCAACCAGCAGUACGGCCAGAGCCAGCAGCAGCAGCACCAUUCUAGCGGAAUGGACACUGCGUUUAAGCUCGCGUCCUCGUUCCUUAACAAGCCUCAGCAGGGCGGCCAGUACCAGCAGUACGGCCAGCAGGGCGGCAACCAGCAGCAUGGCGGUGGUGCUGCCGCGCUCAUGGACAUGGGUGCCAAGUUCUUCGCCGGACAGAAGCACUAG